AUGGCAUUCUCAUACAGCGCCGCCGCCAAGGCGGCCAGCGACAAACCCGCCGAAACUACGCCUACCGACAACGUUGCCUCGAGCAGCGGCGAGAAGCCGACUAUCCAGCACCUAAUCCUUGAUGCUGGACCACUUCUGAGUCUGGCGCCGCUGCGCCACCUCGCCGCGCAGUUCCACACGACCCCGGGCGUGCUCGCGGAGCUGCGUGACCCCAAGGCGCGCGAGCACUGGGAGCGCCUCAAGCUCCAGAUCGACGUCCAGGUCGAGGCGCCGCGCGCGGACGCCUUUGCCGCCGUGACGGCCUUUGCGAAGAAGAGCGGAGACUACGCCGUGCUCUCGGCCACUGACAUGAGCGUCGUCGCGCUCACGUACCAGUAUGAAGCUGCCGUCAAUGGGACGGGAAGGAUACGCACUGCGCCGGGACAGAAGCUGCCCCCGCUCGCUGGACAGAAGGAGGAGCCGAAGGAGAAGCUUGCGGAUGACGAGGAGGAGGUUGAGGCCACUGCGGAGGAUGUGGCUGAGGACAAAGAGGAGACGAAGGAGGAGAAGAAGGAUGAGGCGGACGAGGUUGCUAAGGGCGUCGAGGGCCUCUCGACCGAGGACAAGCCCGAGACGUUCGAGCCCGCCGCUGAGGCCCAGGAGUCUGCUCCUGAGCCUGAGCCGACGACGGAGACCGCCGAGGAGCCCAAGGCGACUGCCACUGCUGCCGACGACUCGGACGACGGCGAGUGGAUCACGCCCUCGAACGUGAAGGCACACCGCUCGAAGGACCUCGGCCUGCUCCCCGACGACGCUCGUGCGGCUGCCGCGCCUCUCGCUGCGGCGUGUAUGACGGGCGACUAUGCGGUCCAGAACGUCCUCCUCGGUAUGGGUCUGGGCCUGGUCGGGGAGGGCGGCAAGCGUAUCUCCAAGGUGCGCUCGUGGGUCCUGCGCUGCCACGCCUGCUUCAAGCUGUGCAAGGACCCGUCGAAGCGUUUCUGCCCCUCGUGCGGCAACGCGACCCUCAUGCGCACCACCGUCACCACGUCCGCUGCCACAGGCAAGCAGACGAUCCACCUGAAGAAGGGCUUCCAGUACCACCUCCGCGGGACCAAGUACUCGAUCCCGGACCCGAAGCCGGGCCGCGCAAAGGGACAGCAGAAGGCUGGCUCGGGCCUGAUUCUGAGAGAGGACCAGGCCGAGUGGCAGGACGCGGUCAGGAAGCAGAACAGGCAGAGGGAGAAGGAGGAGAAGAAGAUUGCCCGCGGCGAUGCGUCUUCGUGGAUGGACCCGGACUGGAUGCCUGAGAUUAUCUCGGUCGGCAUGAGCGGAAAGGGCAGGACGGAUACGCGUGGCAUGCCCGUCAUCGGCCACGGACGGAAGAACCCCAACGAGCGCAAGAAGCGCCGAUAA